UUCGUUCCAUGGUUUUCAAUUGUUUUUUCUAAAUGUUUUUCAUCGAGCAAAAUAUUUAAUGUACUAAACGUCAAAAUUUUUUCAACUAAUUCGUUUUUAUUUCCCUGAAAACAUAUAUUACGAGUAAUGAACGCGUAUUGGAUUUGUUCCGAAUUUAUUCGCUAGUAUCAUUGUCAUCACUUUCACUUUUACACGAUUUGCUUUAAUAGUGGUUUUAGUGUGCAUACUCUGCAUCGAGGUGCAGUUGCCAUGGAUGACACCAUGUCGACCCUAACGAAAAUGACCCGCACGGUAAAAAAACUGGAGGUGCCCAGACCCCUAAAAUCAACGACCAGCUCUGCACACAACCGUAACUCUGUACUAGACGUCAAAAUCAACUCUGCUGAUGACCUAAUAGUGUUGACUGAAGCUGUCGCAUAUCAAAUGAUGCAGGGCAAUUAUGACCGUGCGCUUCAAAGUAAUGUGGCCACCAUGUACUCUAAUUUAAAACUCUAUGGCGCCCAGCUCGAGUCCCUUUAUAAAGACUUUCUUGAUAGAUAUUUUGUUGUAUUCCGCAAUGGCUCUCAGGAUGAGCGUUUAGAUAAAAAGACACGUCUUCACCUCCUAGAACUAAUUGAGCUGCGUGCUAAACUUUGGCAAGGUUCUGAUUAUAUGAGUCAGUAUUACAGGCACCGUGGCACGCAUGCUGAGCCACUAUUGGUGCCCACAAUGGAGGGGUCGGGCACGGGCGGCUCGGUGUCCCCCACGCUGGCUGCGCCUCCCGAGCCGCCCACACUUCUUGGCCCUGGUGAAGUCAUCAAACCAUCUGGCAAGUUCCCCAAACCAACUAAGAUUCCCGGCAAGAAUUAUUCCAAAGAUGAAGUAGUCAUCAGGAAUGCUGAUUCUGGAAAAGUGAUGGGUAUCAAGGGCAGGAGGGUGCACAUGAUCGAGGAGCUAAGUGAUACGAUUAUAUCGUUUCAGCGAGUGAGUCCCGGAGCAAAGGAGCGUCUCGUACAGAUUACUGGGCCGAAUGAGGAGAAUGUGAACCACGCGAAACAUCUGAUCGGCGACACGAUCCGGCGCAACGCGUCCCCGGUGCGGCUGGACGGCGCGGAGGCGGGCCUGCGCGCCAGCCGCGCCUCGCUCGACUCCAACGGCUCCGACGACUCGCCGCGCGCCCGCGAGAAGUCUCCUCACAACAAUUCCCGGGCGCUUCUUCAUAGUUUCUCCACAAAUGAUGCCGCGUUGGGAGAAUAUAAAUACACUGUGACUUUUGGGCAACAUUCCAUUAAGAUCACGGGUAACAACUUGGAUCUUGUUAAGACGGCGAAGCUGGUGCUGGACGAGUACUUCGAGAGCGCAGGCGCGCUGGAGGCGCUGGGCGCGGGUUCAGGCGACUUCUUCACGCUGUCGCAGCGGCCCGGCGCCGCGCUGCUGCUACGCGACGACGCCGCGCUCAACGGCGCCGACGAUGACGUCUUCGCGCCGCUUGACCAUGACGAACACGCCGACGCCGCGGUGUGCGCGGCCGACGGGGAUGCAACACCGCGCCGGCCGCGUUUUUCUCGCGCCGCCAGCACUGACAAGCACCAAGGCGGGGCGUCGGGCGCACGGCAGACGUACACGUACGAGACUCUGGUGCAGUACGCCGACUCGCCGCUAAGCAAGCUGCCGCCCGCCGGGCUCGCCGGUUUCCCGCCCGAACUGGCUCGCAAGAAUGGGUAUUCGAGAGGGGUUCGCUACAGAGUUGCCUGGAGUUCGACAGCGCCAGCUACUUGAAGAAGGUGCGGGCAGCAGCCGGCACCACCGUCGCAUCCGUAGAUGCGCCCGAUUCACCUGAGCCCGAGUAAUGACAAAUGCUGUCACCUUUUCGUCGCCGAUAAAAUUGGCACCACUUUUUUUUUAUUUUAUUUUCAUUCCUAGGUCUAGGAACUAGCACGCAAUUUCACAUUUUAAAAAUCACGGCAGUGAAUAUUAAUUUGAUUAGGAUAUCGCAGCAGCUUUAGAGUACAGCUGUGGACACCUCGUGUCUAUAUAUUAUUAAUAUAGCAUCCCUCAUUUUUCUUUAUUAUUGUAAAGAGAAUUGUGUGAUGCCCUUAGUACUUUUAAGUCACCGUCUAGUUUACAGCCGUCCGCUGUGCGUUCAUGCACAAAUUUUUCACUCACUAAUCUUAGUGGACUUACUGUAAAAGUAUUAGCACACCAAAAUAUUUAUUUUUGUAGUACCUAGCGGCAUAUCUCAUUUUGUGAACGAAUAUUAUUUUGUAUCAAUUUAAUUCCAUUUAUAGCUGUUGCAAGUGUAUUUUGUGGGAUGGUCAAAAUCAUACGAUGAAAAUUCACUAUACAAUUACUAUACAUUUUCCAUCAGAAAUGCCUUAAUGUCCAAUAUGCAAAUGGAACCGAUGUCUGAAUUUUGAAAAAAAAAAUCUCGUAAAAUGAGAGUUGAAGAAAAUAUGUGGUAUUUUUUUGAAUCUCUUUGUUACUGAUUAGCAUUUAUAUAAUCUUGAAAGUUAUACACAUCGCGUUAUAACACCAUUUUGCUUUUCAAAGUUUUACAAUUCCCACAUUAUUAUAGGUAGAUACUAAAAAGUGUUUUGCACGCAAUAUAACUGAAUUGUAGGCAUCCGAUAUUGUGUGAUUUUGUACAUUGGAUAUUGGAUUAAUUCUGAAGAGGAUUUUUUGAUCUCCUAAAGAUUAAAUUUUUCAAAUCUGCAGUCAAGCAGAAAUAGGUUUAUUGUGUGAUUAACUUAAAGACAAGUCAUUGAUACAUCACGCUGAAAAUUUACUAUAUCGACGGUCGCCAAUAUAUUGUAUAUGGCGACGUGUAGUUAGCACAAAUAUUAUAUUAUGAGCUUACAAUAAGAAAACAAUGGUCGAUAAACUCGAACUUGACGUCUCCACUUGAAAUGUUUUAAGAAUACGUUUAACUUUAUACGCAAGCGAAUAUAUCGUUUCCAUUUUUUUUUUUGUUUUCUUAAUUUGUGUUGUAUAUAUUGACUUUUUGACGUUCCGGAUGUCAGAGUGAUUCCAUUUAUUUUAAGAAGAAUGCAUGCAUUUCUUUGUGUGUUUGUAUACUCAUUUACAGAUUUUGUAUCUAGUGUCUAGUCCUGACGCGUAGAUGUGUCGAUUCUCAAUAUAUUGUAAGCUCAAGAGAGCCUGUCAAUCAAUAUAUAAAUAUUGUUUGAUUAUUCGUAUAGCUAUAUAGAUGAAAAUGUUAAUUCCUCUAAUAGUAGUUCUUUCGAUUGAACAGAUUGUAUUAGAAUUUUUGUGUCUCUAUAUCUGUGGGCAGAAAUUCGUAAAAGUAACUGUUAUGAAAGCCAAUUUUCUGAUCUGUAAAAUUGAAAUUUUAUAUUUAUAUUAUUAUUCAAAGCUAUUUAUAGUGAAAAAUUUUUUACGUUUAUUAUCACAAUAUAUUAGUUUUGACUAUAUAUAUAUUUUAAUACUUCACUUUAGAAUAAUGAGUUUUGCUAUAAUAUCAAAUUGAAUUUUAGAGAUAGGGAUUGGUACUUUAAAAUUGACCAAAACUUUUCAUAUAUACAUGCCAAUGUUGACAAACAAACAAAACCUAUACAAUAAGGCAUCUCACAAGUCCAGUCCUGGAUUUCACAUAAAGGAAAUGUAAGCAACUGUUAUAUAGAUAGCGUUCGGUGACAUUUUACUUUCCAAAGAGAAAAUGUAACGGAUUGCCCACCUGUUUGAUCAAAAGAACAAAUUGAAGAAAAGGAAUAAUCAUUGUUAAAAAAAAUAUAGUUUUAUAAUUGUUAUAUUAUUAGAGCUUUUAAAUAAACACGCUGUGCACUAAACCAAAAAUAAAUUUUGUGAAUCGUUAUAAUCUAUUUAUAUAGUAUACUAACAGACGUAGGUACUGUAAUAUUGUAGUAGUGAGGUGAUUGCCAGGCUUUCUUUUAUAAACUUCUAAAUCGUAAAGGAUUAAAAUCAUUUGACUAUAACGAAAUAUAGACGUGGAAAGAAAGACUGUUCGCGGUGCGUAUGUAACCUCAUUUAAAUAAUUAGGUACCUGCAAUAUAUGCUUCAUCACUCGCUUCUCUUGUUCCUGCACUCGUUUUUUUAAUUUGUACAGUUAGAUAUGAGUAUAAUAUUUUUUUGCACCUUUCUAAAGUUUAUCGUGUUCAAGGCCAUAAUUAUGUUAGUUAUUUCGAGUUUAAUUCAGAUUUCAUCCUGCAAUACAGCCGACGAUCAGAGCAGUGAGUGAUAUCGCAUGUAAUUAUGAAUUGAAUAUCGACAGCUAUACUCUUUUACUUGGUGCUUAUUACUUUGGAAAAGUAUUAUCGUUGAAUUUGUAAUAAAAUUUUAUGUUUACAUUUUUGUUUUUAUGUCAAAUAUAAAUAUGAUUAUACAUUUUGGAAAAAUUGAUAUACUAAAUUUUCUAAUA